AUGUCUGUGGAACAAUCGCUACUAAAUUACGUCUUAUCAUACAGUGAACGAGGAAAUAUUCAAAGUGUGUUGAAUUCAAUCGAUCAUUAUUGCUGGAGCCGUCAUAUGAUGGUGCAUAUUGGUGAUGUCAAAGGAGCAAUAUUAGAUGCGCAGGUGAGAAAACGACGACCAAAAACUGUUCUAGAAUUAGGGACAUACUGUGGUUAUGGUACAUUACGUAUUAUCUCUCAAUUACCUAGAGAUGCUCUAUUUAUAAGUGUUGAAGCGGAUCCAGCCACAGCGUAUAUCGCUCAACAAAUUCUUGAGCAUGCCGGUGUUAUUGAUAGAGUUAUAAUUGUUCCUGGGUUAAGUGACUAUGUCAUACCACAAAUUAGAAAUUACUACAAUAUAUCAUCGUUUGAUUUUAUAUUUAUUGAUCAUUCAAAAGAAUCCUAUUUACGUGAUUUAAGAUUACUUGAACACACAAAUUUAAUUAGUACAGGCUCAAUGAUCGUCGCCGACAAUGUUAUUUUCCCGGGCGUACCUGAUUAUUUGCAAUAUGUGAGAAAUAAUCCAAAUUAUAAGAGCAAAUUAUAUGAAUCAUUUGUAGAAUAUUCAACAGAUAUCAGAGAUGGUGUCGAAGUGUCCGUAAGAAAAUAA